AUGGUAUCUUUCAUUUAUGCUGCGCACCUGCGCACCAUUGUUCUUACCGAGACUCAAAAUAGACCAGUUUCUCACUCCUACGCUGCAAGUAGAUACCCAUCCGUAGUCAAUGAAUCCAUUGAAAGUUCAACCCUCCCUCAGCUUCCUAGAACAUCUGUUCAAGCGCGGAGAUCUCAUAAGGAUAUUUGGGAUGCUCAAAACAAAGCUAGCGAGAACUACCUUACCGCGUAUGCAAAGAAUGACUUUGGGGAUGUUAGCAAUCCAGUGCAUCACCUCAGCGAAUCUAUUCUAGAAGAUUUUGCUGCUUGGUCCGAGGCUUCUCACAACGCAUUCGACCAUGUCAAGGCUUUUCAAGAAAGUCAUUGGCACGAUUUGAAACCAUAG